UCGUCGAAUGGAAGGGGUACUCGGAACCAAGGGGCAUAGUACAACAUGAAGCUUAUAAGAGACCUGUGCCUCGUCACUGUCCGUUUAUUAAAUUAAUGACUCGACGGUGGCACACAUCUCAAGUGCUUGAAAUUGAAUUAGUGUCUGUGCAAGAUGCCCACUUGUACUUCGGAAAGUUUAUCACGAGUGUGGCCAAGCAAUGAGAGCAUCCAUGCCGGGAGCAUCAGCAGCAGCUCGGGGAUCCAGAGUCCCAGCUCCCCCAACUCCCUAUCCCCGAUCUCCACCUCCCCGGACAACACGCUCCGGAGACGGCGGAUACGACGCGCCGCGUCCCUCGGCACCGUCAUCCAGGAGCCCUUCGUCAUCCGCUCGGAUUGUCGCGACUCGCGGAGCCAAAGUCCCGUCCUGAACCAGAGGGAGGAGGAGGAUGACUCCUUCUCGGUCCUGGCGGACAUCAUCGGCUGGUACCCGUGCUUUCUGCUGCGCAUCGCCAAGGCCGUGAUUUUGGCCGUUUUGCCCCGCACUUGGAGACAACUCAUUUUCGCUCUCCCCAUGUUGUGGAUCUCAAUGUGGGUCUGGUUCUUCACGCAGUUGAUCAAUCUGCCGCUGAAUAUAAUCAAACUGAUGCUCUCUAUAGUCCUAUCACCGAGUAGUGAAAGGACUAGGAAGAAACGAACGGUUUUGAUAAGUGGCGGGAGCACGAUCCAGGCGCUUCACUUGGCCCGGAAUUUCUACUCGGCGGGGGCGAGAGUCGUGGUUUGCGAAAUCGACGGUUUGUUCGCCUUAACUCGCUUUUCUACCGCUGUGAGUCGGUUUUACACGGUCCCGAAACCCACAAGUGACCAACAACAAAACUACGUGAGGGCACUUUGCGAAAUCGUGGAUAAGGAACAAGCGAUGUAUUAUAUCCCUGUUAGUUCCACCACCUCGGCGUACUUUGACGCGGUGGCGAAGCCACACUUGGAACUCCUGGGGUGCACUUGUUUCUGCCCCGGAAUCAAAGAAGUGUGGGCUUUGGACGACACGUUAGAAGUCCUCAAACGUUGCCAGAAAUACUCAAUUCCGACCCCGACUUACCACGCAAUCACCUCAAAAGACGAUGUGUACCAGUUGUACGACACGGGGGCCAUUCGAAUGGGACGCUACGUUAUGACAACAGCGGGCCCCAGUGGCCUCCGCGAGCGCUCAAAAAUCAUACUCCCGGUCGCACGAAACGACCUAAAACUCCCGAAUGAUAUAAGCGAGCAGCGGCCUUGGGUUGUGGUCCAGGACGUCGAAGGGGAGCAUUAUUUGACUUGCACCACCGUCAAGCAAUCGCAAGUUAUCGCUAACGUGACUUGCCGCAUGGAUAAGUCGAGCAAUGGACUUGUCCCGAUCGAAAACAAGGAAAUUAACGCGUGGCUGACGACCUUCUUCGGCAAAUUGAACCUUCUAAGGCCCAUAACCGGUCAUGUCAGCUUCCGAUUUGUCAUCCCGAAAGACAGUACAACGAUUAUCCCGUUGAGUAGCCGCGUGGGGGUCUCAUUGCCGUACAUUUGCUACACGAACGUCCAUCCCAGAUUGGUUUGGAAGCCGUGCAAGCACUUCAGCCGGCAGAACUCCGGGCCGUUGGUCAGCGAAAACGGGAGGUACUGGAUGGGGGAGACCGUCAUGACGACGAUCAGGAACCCGAACCUUGAGGCCGUGACGAGGCUGAUCGGGACGGUCAUCGACAAGAGGGAGGCGCUGUUCGCCAUUUGGGACCCCUUGCCCUACUGUGCCUACUACCACAUGUUGUUGCCUUUCAAGAACAUGCUGGGGUUCAUGCAGCGGCGGCAGGACAGCUUUCCCAGGCCGAUGACUAACCCGAUCCGCUAAUAGUUUCAUCUCAUUAGGAGAGAGAAAACAGCCUGAGUAUUGUGUGUGUAUGGACUGUGCAUUAUUUAUUCUGGUUACCAAAGGUUGCAUUUAUUUAUAGAUAAUGUGCCAUUCGUUUGUAUUUUUUUAAGUUUUGUACAAAUAUUGUUAUUGUAUAUAUUGUGUAUAUACAACUAGUAUGUUACAUUAACUCGCGGGUACCACCUGGCUAGUGUAGUACCAAGUUUUGUAAUUUGUGGUUUUUAUUUUAAUAAAAAUAUCAGUCGAGA